AUGGCAUCAGGUUGUCACUUCGUUUUCUUCCUGUGUUUGACCAGUGGACUGUUCAUUGCAGGAACUGUCACACAGUCGGCCACAGAUAACUCAGACGAGCAAGUGUCUGGUUGUCCCUCUGGUUGUCCCUCCGGUUGGACUCAGUUUGGCUCUCGCUGCUUCGUUUUCUAUCGCCGGACAAGGGCAUGGACUGAUGCAGAGCAUUUCUGCAUCUCUAUUGGUGGGAAUCUGGCCUCCAUCCACAGUGCUGAUGAAAACGCCUUCCUCAGUGACCUGGUUUUAAGAGUGUCAGGUCACCGACACCAUACCUGGAUUGGUGGCUAUGACGCAGUGAAGGAGGGAACUUGGUUGUGGAGUGAUGGUUCAAAGUUUAGCUACUUCCGCUGGUACGUCAGAGAGCCUAACAACCUUGGAGGAAAAGAACACUGCAUAGAGAUGAACUUUGGAGGAUUAUACUGGAAUGAUCUCCCUUGCACCCAUGGAAGAUCUUUUGUUUGUGGCAAGGAUCUGUGA